AUGCCUUAUCACUAUUUAUUUUUGGCACUCUUCACCUACCUGGCCACGUCCAAUGUUGUUUCAGGAAGUACACAAGCAUGCCUGCCAGUGGGCCCGAGGAAAAAUGGGAUGAAUGUCAACUUUUAUAAAUACUCAUUACUGGAUUCAACAACGUAUUCCUACCCGCAAUAUAUGACUUCUGGAUAUGCCUCGAAUUGGAAUUAG